AUGAUGACCUCGCCACGGACGUUGAAUGAUUUGGUGGUUAUGGAUGUGGAAGGGCCAUUCGUAAAGGCAAACUCCCAACCGGGCAGCUGGACACCACAUGGAUUUACUGCGCACGGCAGUUCAGCUGAUUCAACAGCUUUCGAAAUCAAACCUUCUUCCAACAUAUAUGCUGGCGCUCAGUUCAGAAGUGUAUUAUUGGAUUGGGGUCUCACAGUCACCAUCGAAGAGCUAUACACAUGGGCCAUAGCCUUGAUCCUUCGAUAUAUCAACAAAAGCUACUUAUUUCUGCUACCCCCCAGACGACCUAUGCCUCGAGAAGAAAAGAGAGCCACAGAGCUACGAUCAGGAUAUCAUCCUUACAGCACCCGAUGCAAUCUACCCUCCGCAACCUCCUCAUUGCUAGAUCAAGCCUCCUCGUCAUUCUUGCCUAGGAACCAGACGACAAUGGCUCAAGAGCAUCCUUCCGGCUCUUCACGCGCACUGUCCACCACCAGCAAUCCCCACAACCCCAUUCGCAUGUCGUUUUCGCACAAUAAUCAACCGCACACAGACUUGGGCUCGCAACUUCAUGGACCCUCCAGGCUCACACAAAAUAUCAACAACCCCGCUAGGUCAUCUUCCGAACACGACAGUCACACGACAGUGCAUCAAGGGCAUUAUACCAAGAUUAUUGGUGAUUACAACCACAGCACCAUCAACAAUCUCUCCAAUUGCUCUGGCAGGAAAUUGCAGAUGUCAGGGCGACGCAUAGCUCAGAAAUUCGAUAUCCCCCACCCAAAUGCCAUGCAGAAACGCGCAAAGAGGUUCGACAGCUCCUGGCAACCGAGAUGGACCGCCACGCUGGGUCCCGGGUCUACUGGCUUUCCGGACCUGCUGGUGUUGGAAAGUCGGCCGUGGCUCAAACAAUUGCUGAAGACUGAGCAAAGCAAAAAGCUCGUCGCCGGCUUCUUCUCCCGGAGUCACCCCAAACGGAACGUACCCACAUACCUAUUCCUCACCAUCGCAUACGGACUCGCCACCUCGAUACCCGAAUUGCGUGGCCUUAUUGGUCGUGUGAUAAGAUCCAAUCCAUUACUUCUUCAUAGUUCCCUCGAACACCAGUUUACUGAGUUGAUUGCCAAACCUUGCAGGUCGUUGGGAGGACAAGGGCUAGAGUGGGGAGAUCGGCCUCGGUUGGUGGUGAUUGAUGGGUUGGAUGAAUGCAACGGUGGUAGCAUGCAGAUGAGGAUUCUUGACAUCAUUGCCAACGCACUGAGAGGUGAACCAGGCCUUCCGCUACAGUUCCUUGUCUGUAGUCGCCCCGAGCCCGUCAUAAAGGAAUUUUUCAACCUCGAGAAAUUUCACUCCCCUCUAUGGUGUUACUCUCUGCACAACGAUGAUUCGGCAUGGCAUGAUAUUGUGACAUAUCUGUGUGACGGUUUCCAGACCAUUCGUUCAAAGCUCAGGUACCACCAGAUUCAAUUUCCUGAACCUUGGCCAUCACACGAUGACAUCGAGAAGUUGGCGUGA